AUGGCAAAAAAACAUCCCUGCCUGACCCUCGCCUGGGUCACCACCACCACCAUCCUUCUCCUCCUCCCCACCGUCCUCGCCGCACCAACAUGGCCCUCCCCCCAAGACGAACUCGAAGACAUCAUGUUCCUAACCAGCGGCCACCGCUCGCGCGCCUUCCCCGCGCCCAUCCUCCCCUGCGGCGUCUCCUCGACCGGCGACCCAGGCCGCGUGCAAGCCGCGGAAUGGAUCCGCACCGCCUUCCACGACAUGGCGCCGGGCAGCGUGUACACCGGCGUGGGCGGGCUGGACGCGUCGAUCGCGUACGAGACGCGGUCGGGCGAGAACCUGGGGCCGGCGUUCAACACGACGCUGGCGGCGUACGCGCCGUUCCUGAGCAGCCGGUCAUCGAUGGCCGACGUCAUCGCGCUGGGGGUCUACGCCGCGGUCAGGGCGUGCGGCGGGCCUGUCGUCGCGGUCAGGACGGGGAGGGUGGAUGCGAGGGCGGCGGGACCGCAGGGCGUGCCGCUGCCGCAGAACUCGGUGGGGACGUUUCAGAAUCAGUUUUUGCGGACGGGGUUUAGCACGACGGAGAUGAUUCAGCUGGUGGCGUGCGGGCAUACGUUGGGCGGGGUGCAUGCGGAUGCGAAUCCGGAGAUCGUGCCGGCGGGGAGCGUGGCGGAUGAUGUGGUCAGGUUCGAUACGACGGAUGCGUUUGAUAACAAGGUCGUGACGGAGUACCUGGCGAAUACGACGCAGAAUGCGCUGGUGGUGGGGAGGUCGACGACGAAUGGGAGGAAUUCGGAUGCCAGGGUGUUUGCGGCGGAUGGGAAUGCGACGGUCAGGGCGAUGGCGGAUCCGGAGACGUUUAGCAGCGUGUGUGCGACGGUGCUGCAGAAGAUGAUUGAGGUCGUGCCGAGUGGGGUGACGCUUGGUGAUCCGAUUGCUGUGUAUGAUGUCAAGCCGAGCGGUAUGCAGUUGACGCUGUUGGAUGGAGGUGAGUCUAUUAAAGUGACGGGCGAUAUCCGUGUUAGGACUACGGAGCGCGCGGCCAGUCAGAUCGAGAAAGUUCAAUUGGUGUAUAAGGACCGGGAGGGAGGCGAUGGUGGAACUCUGGACACUGAGUCGUCAGGGUCCGCGGCUGGUUUCGACGACACUUUCGAGUUCUACGGCGUCUCCGCAAACAUCCCCUCAGACUCCUCGAUAUCAUCCUUCAACGUCCUCAUCACCCUGACAUCCGGCGAGACCGAGCUCCACGACAACAAUGGCAACAGCUUCCCCCUCCAAAACAGCAUCAUCUUCCAAAGCCCGCAGAGCUGCCUCAGCGGCACACUAAUGACCAUCACCGCCGCGGUCCGCAGCACCGCCUCCUCCGCACCAACGCUUAACGUCACCUACGGCGUCCCGAACUCGCGCUCCGUCCUGCCCGUCCUGACCGCGUCCACCGUCUCCAUGACGAAGGGCGCAUCCAUCGGCCCGUACGAUCUCUACUCCGCCAGCUACACCCUGACGGCCGCCCAGCUCGACUCCACCCGCUUCGACGUCAAGCUAGCCAGCGGCGCGACCGACAGUUUCAAGAGCUCCGCAGACCUGUCCGACACCUGCGCCGACCUCAGCCCGGACCCGCCUUCAUCGUCGUCCAGCACCACUGCGGCACCUCCGGCAUCCUCGACCUCAGCCCCAGCCUCCUCCUCCUCCACAUCGGCCCCCGCCUCCUCGUCCACAACCCCGACAACAACAACGCCAACAACACCAUCCACCUCUACUACUCCCACCCCCACGCCAACCGUCCUCGCCUGCCCGGACGCCGACGGCGCCACCUGGGCCACCGCGUCCGGCACCGCCUUUACCAUCCGCUGCGGCAAGGACUACCAAGCGGGCCAGAUCGGCGUCACGUAUGUCGCUGACUUCGCGGCGUGCUUAGCGGCGUGCGUGGGCGCCGACGGCUGCGAGGCGGUGGCGUACGUGGGCGACAACGUUAGCGGCGGGAACUGCUAUCUGAAGAAUGAGGCGGUGGGGGCGGUGGAUAAUGAGGGGGUGUGGGGGGCUGUGAGGGAGGGGUGA